CAAACGCUGUUUGACAUACCCAUCGUUAUAGGCUUCGCCUCUGGCAGUUUCUUUUUUAAAAGGAAAGCUCAAAGCCACAGAUUAUACAUUCUGUUCACUAUCCGUGCGGGUAAAAUAAAAUAACAGAGUGAGUGGAGGAAUCAGCGCGCUCUGUGUUUUCUCAAUUGGAGAAGAACGGCUUUACGCGUAAACGGUACGAGCUAUCUGGAUAAUUUCAUUCCUUUUUCUGAAUUAUUAGUGACUCCGAGCGGGUAAAGACAGCUCAAAGGGGAAGCAGAGUGACUGCCUUUGUGGAUUGCUAGUAUCGGACGACAUUUGGACUUGAGCGCGCAAAGCACCUGUGGAUGCAACAAACAUCCCCCUGAUGAUUGGACUCCAACCUUCGACAAAGAAAGGAUUCGUCGCAAGAUUGAGUUGAUAAUCGUUUAAUUCAAAAAGGCAGUGCAUUUUAGAGGAGAAGCGUGCCAUGCUGCUGAGAGUUUCCUUCCUGGUGGUUCCGCUGCUGAGCAUAACCGGCUGCGGCUCGUCAUACGUGCCGUGCGAGCCGUGCGACCAGAAGGCCCUGUCCAUGUGUCCGCCAGUGCCAGUCGGCUGUCAGCUGGUGAAGGAGCCCGGCUGCGGCUGCUGCCUAACGUGCGCGCUCGAGGAGGGCCAGCCGUGCGGCGUGUACACCGGUCCGUGCACGCGCGGGCUCCGCUGCCUGCCCAAGAACGGCGAGGAGAAGCCACUGCACGCGCUCCUGCACGGCCGGGGGGUGUGCAAAAACGAGAAGUUGUACAAAUUGCUGCAUCCAUCAAAAGAAGGACGAUCCCGAGAUGACACCCUGCUACUUGCUGCAGAGCCGGCACAAACCAAGGUGCCCUUGAAUGGAGAACACAUCAGCAGUUGGAAGGCCUAUGCCAUGAAGCAGGCCAAGGAUCGCAAAAAGCAGUUGGCUAGAACGGGACCCACCAGCAACCUGGAUUUCUCACCGCUUAGCCUCGAUAAACUGGAGCCUGAAUUUGGGCCCUGCAGGAGAAGACUAGAUAAUCUUAUUCAGAGCAUAAAGGACACUUCUCGGGUCUUGGCUCUCUCCCUGUACAUCCCCAACUGUGACAAGAAGGGGUUCUUCAAGCGCAAACAGUGUAAGCCAUCUCGUGGUCGGAAAAGGGGGAUCUGCUGGUGUGUUGACCGGUUUGGCGUCAAAAUCCCCGGCAUCAACUAUGCUGGAGGAGACCUGCAGUGCAAAGACCUCGACCGCAGCAGCAACAGCAAUGAAUAAGAGUGAAUUGCACUGAGCUUCUUAAAAAUCUGCCAAUGAAGCUAGCAGGCUUUAUGACUGACAAUCAUGAAAUCUUGAAACAAACACUUUUAUAUAUGGUCAGGUGUGAUGGACUAUGUAUUUUUUGUGUUUUUUAAAGGGAGCUGAAAUGAAAAGUUUGCUUAAGUGACAAUCUGCACAUGUAGGUCUUAAGUCUGGGUCCCCAAUUACUAUAUACUAUGUUUUAGGUUAGCUAACACCUCUUUUUAUCCCAGGUAAUAUUGUAACACAUGUGUUGAGUCUAUUACUAAAUUUACUCCAGGAAUUCUGAGACAAGACAUACUGUAAAUGUGGCUAAAAAUCAUAUUUUUUCACACAUUUGUGCUUUUGAGGGGUUUUAUUCCUCCUUUACUGGUUCUUGUGUGACAUUAGUAAUUUUACAUGGUAGCAAGAUAAGACAAUUGAUUAAGUGGGCAAAAGAGAGAGGUCAAAUCAACUGUAAUUUCAUUCAUUAACUAGAGCCCAUACAUAUAGGAAAUUUGCAUUUAUUUAUUUAUUUAUCAAUCUCACUCUAAUACUGCUUAAACAUGAAGCUAGAGCCAGCUGGUUAGCUUCACUUAGACUGGAAACAAGAGCAAACAGCUAGCUUUGGUCUGUCCAAAUGUAACAAAAUCUGCCCAUCAGUAACUGCAGAUCUUGCUCAAUAGCAAGUUACAUGUUGUUCCUUUGAUCUGUAUAAAACAGAUGUGCCACAUUGUCAUUUUCUGUAGUGUCUGCUGGCUGCCCAGAGGUAAUAAAGACAAAUUGAAAUUCUGAUCUCAAGAAAAUUCAGUGAAAUUCAUUUCAGUCAGCUGUAAAUCUUUAUCCUCACAAUGCUCUUAGCUGUAACUGUAGCUCAUUAUUUGCCCACUCCUAGCAGAGGUUUCUAUACUUCUGUUUCUCAAAUGUGAUGUUCACUGGUGAAGCAGGUUGCAUUUUUUGGCAAUCAAGCCCUUUUAAAGUGAUAUUUGGCUUUGGCACCUUAACCUGUGAGUUGUCUCAUGGUUGGAUUCAUGUACUAAUCGUACAGAUUUUUAGAAUUUCUGUCCAAUUCAGAUGACACCUUAGCUCUGAAACAAGCUUGUUGUACUGUAAUAGGUUUGACUGCUUUUGAAAAUGUCUUUUUCAAGUCCAGACAACUACAUCCACUGUUUGUAAAUGUGUGUACAGAGUCUGUGUGCAUGCUCCUGAGUGUGUUUGUGUGUGUGUGUGUGUGUGUGUGUGUGUGUGUGUGUGUGUGUGUGUGUGUGUGCAUGCGUUUGUGUUUGUGUUUGUGUGUGCGUGUUCGCCACGCCUUUGUAGUUCUCAACUUUGAAAAUAACAAUCAAAAAAACUCUAGUUUAAAUUUUCACUAGUCCAGUAUACUCAAGCUACUGUCUGACAAAACGUGAGUUUUUUCCCCGUCGCAGCUCGCACACAAAUCGUAUGCAAAAGCCCCCCUACGCUGGUAUUUUUCCAUGUAAAGGGUCUCCACUGCUAAGCACACAGGCAAAUCCAUUGGCUGACAGCAACUUUCUCUCAGGGUUCAUCAGCUCCUUCAUCCUGUAAGAGCAAGGUUGCUGAGUUUUUAUGUAAAUUCAAGUGCCUUCUGCCCCUCACUGGUUUGAAUUUUGAUUUGCAUGUGGCUCCAUUGCUGUUGAAUGAGGGAGCACAUAAGAGGGAAAACAAUUUUAGGUGUGGAUGUGGUUUUCAGUUUUGGGCCAGCUGCUUACAAGGACUGUCAUGAUCUUCCAGUCAAGUGCUGCUAAACAUGUGAGGAUAGAAGAUAGCAUUUUUUUCUGUAAUUCAAAGCUUGCUUAAAAUCAUGUUUGGUUUAUUUUUAUUGAUGUUGCUUUUGUUUGCUGUUAUAAUCUUGAUGUUCAGUUAAUGACGGAUAUAAUCUUUGACACUCCUAAUGUUUCCUCAUGUUAUCACGAUAAUCGGAGAAUGCUGACGCUGGCAUAUCAGCACGUUAUUCCGAAGUACACACCCCUCUCAUGCAGUUGUUUCAAGCACACAAUAUAGUGCCACUUGGAACACCAAAUCUCAACUUUUAAAACAAGAUUAAUGUGAACAUCAUAGUGAAAUACUUUUGAGGCAUGUAAUUGACGUACUCGUCAUUUAAAAAGGAAAAACAAUAUUUAAAUAAAGUUCUUGUACUCACAAAA